UUUUAAUGAGUUUGAUAAAUAUAUAAAAAUGUAUUAAUUUACUGUAUUUUGCCAGCCUAAUGAGCUGAUUUAUAUGUGAUGUGAAGUAGACUGUUCUUUUCUGACAAGAAGAUUCUAGAAUUAAAGUCGUGAAAGCAAUCUAAACUGUCCCUUAAAGGUUUUGAGGAUAAGAAAAGGAAGAUGGCAACCUUAGAUGAAGCCACAAGGUCAACAUUAGAGAAAGAAAUUCUCCCAUUUUUAAAUAAGUCUGCUAGAACCGAUGUUAAAUCUCUGGCAUUGGAAUACUUUCUGGGCAUGACAGGAUCUCCAGAAGGGCGACAAUUCAUUUCAAAGGGAGAUAAAUACUUAGAAGGAAUUAUUUCGUUGACGAUAGACGAACAUGAAGCGAUUAUGAAAGAUGCUCUUUAUUCUUUGCUGAAUUUAGCCACAGAUGAAGAUACGGCCUGGCGUCUGCUUAAUAUGGAGAAAUAUCCCAAUAACGGCAUAAACUGGAUGCGAUUAGCAUUAGAUAAAGAAUACAAGUUAGCAGACGUAAUGACAGGUCUUGUGUCAAACGUAACGCGAUCAUUGAAAUGUGCUGAAAAACUUGUGAGCGAAAUCGCUGAAUCUGAAGACAUUAGUAUAGAAAAAAUAGUAUAUGCGUUGUGUGACCUGCAACAUAAUAAAGCUGCCAAGCUUCAUUAUCUGGGACCAAUUUUGUCAAACUUAACGCAAGUACCGUACAUUCGUCAAGAAGUCACAAAUAAGGACAGAUGCAUUAUUCAGCGGUUACUCCCCUUUACAGAGUUUUCAGCAUCUGAAAUACGAAGAGGAGGUGUUAUUGGUGCAAUACGAAAUUGUUGUUUUGAUUCUAGUUAUCAUGAAUGGUUGCUAGGAGACGAUGUUGAUAUAUUACCGAGGUUAUUGUUACCGUUAGCAGGAGGGGAGGAGUUUGACGAUGACGAUAUGGAAAAAUUACCCAUAGAUCUACAAUACUUACCACCAGAUAAAACACGAGAGCCUGAUUCUGAUAUACGACUCAUGUUGAUAGAAACCAUUAAUCAGUUAUUAGCGACCAAACAUGGCCGACGAGUUAUGAAAGAGAAGAAUGUUUACGUUAUCAUGAGAGAAUUCCAUAAAUGGGAGACAACUGCUGCUAAUAAUCACGCUAUUCAAAAUGUGGUGGAUAUUUUGAUCGGAGAUGAACCAGAAGAAGGUAUGGAGAACCUACAUUUAGUGGACAUUCCAAAAGAAACAGAGGAAAAGUUUAAAGAAAGUGACAAAGAAUUGGCUAAAGAAAUAGCUGAGGAUGAAGCUGAUGGACAAGAAUAAUAAAUAUAUUUUAGCCUUUUA